CCGGGGGAGGCGGGGAGGGGGUCGGGCCCCCCCCGGCCGUGUCCCCCCGCAUCCCACAAUGCCCCGCGCCGCGCCCCCUCCCCCGCCGCGGCCCCUUUAACGGCGCUGCCGCGCGCCGGCGGCGCUCGAGGCGGUGGAGCCACGUGACCCCCGGCGCCCCCUCCCAGUGCUCCCAGCGACCCCUCCCCCUUCCGCCACUGCUCCCAGUGCCCCCAGUCCGUCCCGCAGUGCUCCCGGUGCCCCCAGUGCUCCCAGCAGCCCCAGCACCCCCGCCCGUUGCUCCCAGUGCCCCGUCCCAGUGCUCCCAGUAAUCCCUCCUACUGCUCCUGGCCCCCUCAGUAACCCCUCCCCGUCCCCCCAGCUCUCCCUCCCAGUGCUCCCAUUGUUCCGAGUCCUCCCAGUAGCCCUUCCCAGUGUUCCCAGUAACCCCUCCCAGUGCUCCCAGUCUCCUCAGUAGCCCCUCCCAGUGCUCCUCGUGCCCCCAGUAAGCCCUCCCAUUGCUCCCAGUAACCCCUCCCAGUGCUCCUGGUCCCCCCACUAACCUGUCUUAUUGCUCCCAGUUCCCCCAGUAACCCCUUCCAGUGCUCCCAGUGCCCCCAGUGCUCCCAUUCCCCCCAGUGUUCCCUCCCCGGUGUUCCCAGUCCCUCCAGUGACACCUCCCAGUGCUCCCAGUAGCCCCUCCCAGUGUCCCCAGUCCCCGAGUAACCCUUCCCAGUGACCCCAUUCACCCCAGUAGCCCCUCCCAGUGCUCCCAGUCCCCCGCCCCGUAACCCUCCCUAGUGUUCCUGGUCCCCCCAGUAACACCUCCCAGUGCCCCCGGUAACCCCUCCAGCGCUCCCAGUGCCCCCGCUAACCCCUCCCAGAGCCCCCAUUACCCCCCAGUAACCCUCCCCAGCGCUCCCAGUCCCCGCCGGCGCCCCGGCCACCAUGUCGUCGUGCGCGGAGGUGCUGCGUUUCCAGCUGCCGGGCCACGAGGCGGCCGCGCUGCGGAGCAUGAACCGGCUGCGGGCGGAGGAGCGCUUCUGCGACGUCACCAUCGUGGCGCGGAGCCUGCGCUUCCGAGGCCACCGCGUCAUCCUGGCCGCCUGCUCCCCCUUCCUCCGCGACCAGUUCCUCCUCAACCCGGCGGCCGAGCUCCGCGUCUCGCUGGCCCACAGCGCCCGCGUCCUGGCCGACCUCCUCCUCUCCUGCUACACCGGCGCCCUCGAGUUCGCCGGCCGCGACCUCGUUAAUUACCUGACGGCCGCCAGCUACCUGCAGAUGGAGCACGUGGUGGAGCGCUGCCGCGGCGCCCUCGCCCGCUUCAUCCAGCCGCCCCCCCCCGCCGGGCAGCCCCCCCUGCGCCCCCCGCCGCCCCCCAAGCCCGAGGAGGAGGAGGAGGAGGAGGAGGAGGAGGACGCCGCGCCCGACGUCUGCAUCGUCAAGGUGGAGCCGGCGGCGGCGGCGGCGGCGGCGGCGGUGGGGGCGCGGCGGCGGCGGGGACCCCGCGCGUGGCCGCAGGCGGCGGCGACGGCAGCGGCGGAGGGGCCGUCGGCCCCCCCCGAGCCCCCCCGGCCCCCGCCGCUGGGGGUGGUGAAGGCGUGUUACAGCCUGGCCGAGGACGCCGAAGGCGAGGGGCUCCUCAUCUUCCCCGGCGGCGGCGGCGGCGGCAGCGGGGCGGCGGAGGAGCCGGGCGGCGCCAACCCGCCGGCGGCGGCGGCAUCGGCGGCGGCAUCGGCGGCGGCGGCAGCGUCGGCGGCGGCGGCGGCCCCGGCGGCGGCCCCGGCGCGGUGCGGGAAGUGCGGCGAGGCCUUCCAGGGCGUGGAGAAGCUGGUGUUCCACAUGCGGGCCCAGCACUUCGUCUUCAUGUGCCCGCGGUGCGGGAAGCAGUUCAACCACAGCAGCAACCUCAACCGGCACAUGAACGUCCACCGCGGCGUCAAGUCGCACGGCUGCGGCGUCUGCGGCAAGAGCUUCACCCAGAAGUCGACGCUGCACGACCACAUGAACCUGCACAGCGGCGAGCGCCCGUACCGCUGCUCCUACUGCGACGUCCGCUUCGCCCACAAACCCGCCAUCCGCCGGCACCUCAAGGAGCAGCACGGCAAGACCACCGCCGAGAACGUGCUGGAGGCCAGCGUGGCCGAGAUCAACGUCCUCGUGCGCUGACGGGGCCGGGGGGGGCGGGUGGGGGGGACCCCCGGGGUCAGC